UGAACGAUGACUGCCUGGCUUCCAUAUUGGGAUAUUUGCCCCUGAAGGAUCACUUGCACUUUGCCCAUGUUUGCAGCCGCUUUCGAAAUGUCUUAAUGGAUUACGGCAAGAGCCUCUAUAAGACAGUGGAGGUUACUGGAUCGCCGGACGAGUUGGUCCUGAUGCGAGUUGUUGGUGAUCUAGUGAAACAUAUGUAUUUCAAAUAUUACCCGGAGUGUGUCCAAAAUGUGCAAAGGAUUCUACGCGAAACGAUGAGACGUCUGGUCAAACUGGAGCACGCUACUCUGAAUUUUAGCUGUCCUGUUCCAUUACACGCCUUCGAGGCCAUUAUUCGGACUCUGGAAGAGCUGCCCAACCUUAAGGGCAUCGGGGUAUUUCAAAACACUGAUGUCCUCGAUGGCCUACGCGUGUACGACGAUUCUAAUAGUUUGCUGAAAGAUUGUCAAAUUUUUCUUAUCAACGAUAAUUUGCGGACUGAACCCAGUGUUUUAUCCAAUAUCUUAAUAUUGAAGAAAAUGAAUAAUUCUUUUAAAGAAACUCUGGGUUACAUAGUGCCUCAUUUGUCGUCUGUCGAAGAGAUGAUCUUCUACAUGUCGCAGCCUUCCAAGGACUAUCAGCCGCUGGCUCGGGUUUCCAAGCUUCAGAAGAUUGGGAUCUAUGAGAAAAAUAACCAGAACAGCGGACCACACCUGCCGUUUAUCGCUGGCUUGGCUUCUGGGUUGUCUAGGCAGCUAACCGAAUUAUCAAUUACAACUUUAGAACUUUGCUACGACGAGGCCAAAGAGAUCUCACGAAUGGUUAACCUUAGGGAACUUCACUGUUGCUUCGAGGAGCCCAGAUGUCUGGAACAUUUGCCUGCUCUUAAGCAGUUGAAAUAUUUAUCCAUUCGUGUGUCGCACUCGGGCGUAACAAAUCAGUUAUUAGCCAUAAUAAGGGGAUGCACAAGACUGAACGUCCUGCUGGCAAGGGUGAAUUCAUCGCAGCUUUCCAGUGAUUUCAUUUUAAGAGCUCUUGAGGUGCUCCGAAUUGUUCGAGAUCCCGGUAAUCAGAAACCCCUCAGACUUGGAACUCCUUCGGAAAACCAAAUUAGGGUAUGUAUGUCAAAAGAUCUUAUUUGUAUUAAAAAUUUUUAAAUAUUUUUCACUUACAGAGCGAGGAUCUCUUACCCUACUUGUGCGUUUUUCGGGACCGACUUUAACUGCACAUACCCUUAGUAACUGCAUAACUG